UUUGUAACUAAUUCAAAUUUAAUUCGACACAAAAAUAGCAUUCAUUCAAAUGUGAGAUUUAUUUGUGAUUUCAAUGAAUGCCACAAAAGUUUUUCACGAAAAGGAGAUUUAUUUCAACACAAAAGUUGUGUUCAUUUGAAUGAAUGGAAAUUCAAAUGUAAUGAAAAAAAUUGUGGCAAAAUAUUCACUACAAAUCAAACUUUAAUUUUACACAAACGCAUACAUUCGGGAGAAAAGCCCUUUAUUUGUGAUAUCAAUGAUUGCAACAAAAGCUUUACUGAUAAAAAUAAUUUAUUUCGACACAAAAGUUGUGUUCAUUUGAAUGAAAGUAAAUUCAAAUGUAAUGAAGAAAAUUGUGGCAAAAGUUUUCGCCAGAAAUCAAAUCUCAAAGAACACAUGAGAAGACAUCUGAAUAUAAAACUUCAUAAAUGUAUUCAUAAUAACUGUAAUCAACGGUUUGUUACGAGAUCUGAAUUGCGAUUACAUGUGAAACUCCAUGGGUGUGCUGAGUCUCCUCCAGCGCGCCUUAACCUUAUCAAACGCCGUGUGUAUUACACUUCGAGCUUUAUCAUGAGUAAAUUAAAUGCAAUGAAGAGUUUGUGUGAAAUAAUAGACAAAAUUCAGUGUAUUUUGAAUACAAAUAAUAGUGUUUUGUGUGAAGCGAUUGAAUGCGAAAAUAAUGAUUAUUUUUCAAUCAAUCAAACAAUUGAUUGCAAUUCAUGUAAAAUCAGUGAUAAAAUGCUAAACAAUUGUCAUAUCAUUACUAAAUCUGAUGAUCAUUUACACUGUUUUCCACAGGCCAAGAAUCACAAUCAUUUAAUUGGUCAGGAAUCAUUUGAUUUACAUACAAAACAAUUUAAAUGUGAUUUUAAUAAUUGUAAUAAAAGUUAUAAACAAAAAUGUCAUUUAAAUCGACACAAAAAUAUUCAUUUAAAUGUGAGAUUUAUUUGCGAUUUCAAUGAAUGCCACCAAACUUUUUCACAAAAACAGGAUUUAUUUCGACACAAAAGUUGUGUUCAUUUGAAUGAAAGGAAAUUUAAAUGUAAUGAAGAAAAUUGUGACAAAAAAUUUAAUACAAAAUAUAAACUCAAUUCACACAAACGAAUACAUUCGGGAGAAAAGCCUUACAAAUAUUUGUGGUCUUUAUCUGAUCACAAAAAGAGAUGUCAUCUAAAUAUCAAG